AUAUUCAAAUACCUAAGUAUACAGGCUUGUCAAAUUGAAAAAACGGGUGAAUUUUAUCUUCAUUCCAUUGAAAGACCAAUUCUGCAGCAACAUGUUGAGGAAAGCAUCGAAGACAUCUUCCCAAUAAAAAAAGACUCGGACUCCGGUGUGGGCAGUGACAGCGGUGAGAAGCGUUUAUCAGCCUUAGAGCCUUGUGAUGAAGAUUCAGCCAGCCCCUGUGUGCCAAUGUCAGAUAUAUUGGAAGAAGAAAAUCUUGCCAAAGAAGAGUUAGAUCAGCAAUUUCAUAAUUUAAUGAAAGUUGAAUGUCAUCAGGAUUAUGUCUUGAGUUCUGCUGACGAGUCAGAAAAAUCAAUGUGCCAAUAUAAAGCGGAUGCCGAUGCCAGCAGCACAAAGUUUAUAAGUUACAGCCAGUCAAAAGCAGCUGAAUUUGACGAACCUCUACAAAUACAGGAAGAAACACCAUGGUGUACACAAAACAGGAGACAUAGUUUGGAUCAAGAAGAAAUUAAUUCAGGAAUGAUAGAACAGUUAAGAGAAGCAGUCGAUAUGUUACAAGAUCCUAUAAGAUUAAGAAUGGAAAUUGAAGACAAUACUGAAUUGUUUAAUGCACAGACUUCUCCAUCUGAUCCAAACAGAUCUACAGUAAAUGGCCAAGUGGAGUUACAGAUGUCUCCAAUAUUGCAGAAUGACAGUCUGAAUGAGAAUGAAGAAUGUCAUAGCUCCGAGGAAGAGAAUGAAAGCAAUACUCCUAGCAUGUCUCCAGUACACAACUCUGUGGCAUUUGGUCUGAAGUCUCGAUCUGACCCGUCCCUCACUCUUCCUCCUAUCUCCUUCAACAAAAUUACACAGGCACAAAAUUGGGACAGAUAUAACAAGGACAUGGCACCAGAAGGAGACAUUGACAAUGUUUUUAUGAGGCCACAGAGGAAUUUGGAAUCAGUGGAUCCCCAAUUUACAAUACGAAGAAAAAUGGAGCAGCUGAGAGAGGAGAAAGAACUCAUAGAUAACCUGCGCGAGAAUAUUGAAAUCAGAUUAAAGAUCUGUCUUCCUGAAGAUUUGGGAUCAGCUUUGAUGGAUGGAGUUGUUCUCUGUCACUUAGUGAAUCAAAUCCGCCCCCGGUCAGUAGGGAGUAUCCAUGUACCCUCUCCAGCUGUUCCUAAACUCAGUAUGGCUAAAUGUAGGAGAAAUGUGGAGAAUUUUCUAGAAGCAUGUAGAAAACUGGGAGUACCAGAGGUAAAUAUUUUAAUAUUAAGCAUAUUA